AAAUAUUUAUUGCAGCAUAAAUAUCUCUAAUCCAAAUUUUGACCAUUUUCAGAUACACGUCUCUUGACACAUGUGGAGAUGUGUAAAUGGCGUCCGCCUUCCAUUUCAUACGUCCGUACAAAUCGCAAGUACACCUUCACACCAUUCCCUCCUUCAAUUCUCGAUCAAAACACAAAAUAUCCCGUUGGAAACGACGACCCUCAUCAUCAUCUUCAAGCUCGAGUACCUCAACUCGGCUCGUCGAUCGAGUUAACACGACACAGAGAUCCUCGCGCGGCCUAUACCUUUUGCUCCAGGGCCCUCAAACUCUCUGCGAAAACGGUCUGUGUUCAUCAGGGAGAACAGUUACAUGGACAUAUUAUCAAGUUAGGAUUAUAUAAUGAACCGUAUUUGCAAAACCAGAUUCUUCACGUUUAUGUGAGGUGUGGGGAGUUCGUCAGUGUAAAUAAAGUGUUUGAUGAAAUAAGUAAGAGAAACGUCGUGACAUUUAACACGGUAAUUUGUGGGAUUCUUGACUGUAACAGUAAUUUUCAGUCCAUUAGUUAUGUUGGUUUUUCUUAUUUUAGGAGAAUGUUAUUAGAUCAAGUGCCUCCAGACCACGUAUCCUUUAAUGGGUUGUUUCGAAUGUGUGUUGAGCUGAACCAUUCUGAGAUUGGUAUACAAUUGCAUUGUCUCACAGUGAAAUUGGGUUUUGAUUCGGAUUGUUUUGCGGCCUGUGCUCUCGUUGAUUUAUAUGGGAAAUGUGGGCUUGUUGAAAAUGCAAGACGCGUUUUUGAUAGAGUUUUGCACAGAGAUUUGGUGUUCUGGAAUGUUAUGCUAUCCUGUUACGCUUUGAAUUGUUCACCAGAUGCAGCCUUUUGGGUCUUUAAGUUGAUGCUGCUGGAAGGUGUGAAAGGGGAUGGUUUUACUUUCUCUAGUCUGCUCAGCUCAUGUAGCACCUUGGAAGGUGAUGAAAUGGGAAGGCAGGUGCAUUGUCUUGUCGUUGAAUUAUCUUGUGAUACGGACGUUUUAGUAGCAAGCACACUCAUAGAUGUGUAUGCAAAGAAUAAUAAUAUACAUGAUGCUCGCAAGGUAUUUGACGGGAUGGCAUCAAAAAAUGUUGUGUCUUGGACCACUAUGAUUGUAGGAUAUGGGCAGCAAGGAGAUCAAGAGGAGGCUAUGAGACUUUUUGGAGAAAUAAUUAAAGAAAAUUUUGUCCCUGAUGAACUGACCCUUGCUAGCAUUCUUAGCUCAUGUGGCAAUUUCUCCACCAGUAUUGAAGUCUUGCAAGUCCAUGCUUAUGUUAUUAAACAUGGGUUUCAGGAGUUCCCGUCAGUAGCUAAUGCACUAAUAAAUUCAUACUCAAAGUCCGGUAGCAUUGCUCAUGCAUGCCAAUGUUUUAGUUUGGUUACAGACCCUGAUCUCGUUACUUGGACAUCAAUUAUUGGUGCUUAUGCAUUCCAUGGGUUGUCAGAACACAGUGUUGAUAGUUUUGAAAAGAUGUUGUCUGCUGGGGUAACACCAGAUGAAAUUGCCUUUCUCGUUGUUCUUUCUGCCUGUAGCCAUGGUGGCCAAGUCAGUGAUGGGCUUCAUUACUUCAAUAUGAUGAUAAAUGACCAUCAAAUUAUGCCUCGCUUAGAGCACUAUACGUGCCUCAUCGACCUUCUUGGUCGAGCUGGUCUUUUGGAUGAGGCUUUCAGAAUUAUGACAUCAAUGCCAGUUAACAUGGGAUCAAAUACCUUGGGAGCAUUUCUCGGGGCUUGUAAAGUACAUGGAAAUGUAGGAAUGGCAAGGUGGGCUGCAGAAAAACUUUUUGCAUUUGAACCAAACAAUCCUGCGAAUUAUACUCUUAUGUCCAACAUGUAUGCUUAUGAAGGAUGCUGGUUUGUUGUGGCUAGGCUCCGCAGAAUGAUGAAGGAUAUGUGUGACAAUAAGGUUCCAGGUUGUAGCUGGGUGGAGAUUUCAGGUAAGGUCUACACAUUUGUAUCCAGUGAUAAGUCCCACCUUCAAGCUUCAGAGGUGUACGAUUUGUUACAGGUAUUACUCGGGAAGAACAAGGAGGAAUAUAGGGUUCCCUAUGUGGAUAUUAAUGUCUGAAUUUCCAAUCGACAAAUGACAUAGAGAUGCCCAGUUUGAUCUUUAAGUGUUUUGAUGGCCCCUCAAGUGGACAUGAAAUCUGUGGUAAGUGUUGCAAGCCGAUACACGAUUAUAGACUGCCUUCUUUUGUCUCUUUUAUAGAGCUAGCUGAUAACAUAGUCUAUUAUCAUGGAUUGUAGGCUAAUUGUAACUACAUAUAACCUGAUCAAGUGUGGUUAUAUAUCAUGGAUAAAACCGAAACAUUAAUUCCAUGGCCCCUGGCUCUUCACUCUGGCAUUCAUUGAGGCAAUUAUCAUGAUAAAUAAGAUGCUCAAUCUUAUCAAGAAUCUGUUGUAAGCUCGGGGUUCUCAUGCAUGAGUAGUGACAAGCUUCUUUUAUUUGAUGUUCUUUCUCAAAUAACAAUGUCAUCAGUUCAGGUUCUGGUCGGAUGAGUUUAUAAUAAAUCUCCGGCAAACUCUCUCUUCGCAGAACGUUCAGCACUGUUUAAUUUAGUACGCAUAAAAAAGUGUCGAUGGCUGCCAGUAUGUUUCGGGUAAUCCAUUUUCCUGAAUUGGUGAAAAUGUAAAAUUUGAAUUCAAAUGAUAUUGAAUUGUGAUGCUAAAGCCAAUGGUGUUUGUUAAAGUAGUGUUGUAUUCUUGUCUAGAUCAAGUUAUACACUAAAACACAGGACCUUACCUUGAAAAUUACAAAAA